AUGGAAGACAUGGCUAAAGCUGAAAACUAUGAUGCAGCUACAAGGAAAUAUUGGGACCGCAUUCAAGCUGAAACCAACUACAAUACUACUCACUUCAAUCAAUACAAUAAUGUUCAGAAUAUCAAUAAAAGAUUUAAAACCACUCUAGUGUUGUUGUCUGUAGAAGAUCAGCCUGAUCUGUUCAAAAUUGAGUCAGAGAGCACAAUCCCCGUCGAAAAAACCGAUUUUCUGCAGUGCUUUUACCACCUCGACUUUGAGGAUAUUCCUUUCCCAGACGAGAAUUUUAGCGGAUCUAUCAUGAAUUCCCCCGACUCGCAAGCCAUUACAAACGGACCGAACUUGAAUGGUGUAAUAGGGGAAAUCGAAAGAUCCUCACGCCAAGGGAAUAUACAUGACUUCCUUAGAGGUCUCGAACUAGCCGGAAAACUUGAUUCAUGGGACGACGACACAAAAGUGACAGUAUGCAUGUUGAAAUUGCGUGGACGAGCCAAUGAAGCAGUAGACCAGAAUCAACCCUGGACAUGGCACGCUCUGAAACAACGCCUAGUUACCCAGUUUUCGGUAAAGGUGACCGAUCACCAAGCGAUGCCAUGCGAUGUCAAAAAGCAGGAGAGAGUAUACGGGAUUAUGCAGCUCGAAUCGAGCAGGCAGGAGGCAAGACUCUGGAGAAAUCCAGCGCCCCAGCGGACGUUGACAUACAUACAGCGAGCAUUGAAAAGGGCACUGCACUGCCAGUUCUUGGAUGCGUUCCUCGUAAAACAACAAAUGGAGGUCCGCGACCUAGUUAGCGCACAAUCAGGUUACCAAAGGACCUUCCUGAAGGAGGAACACCAGUUAAUGAUGAAAAGAAUUGACCACAUCGUAGCAACUACUAAAGGUAUCAUCGAUACUACAGACCAUCAACGUUUUAAAAGAGGCAUGAUCAAUGUCGGUGGCACCGUAAUCAAAUUUCUGUUUGGCAACCCAGAUGCCAACGCCAACGACGUCGAAAGAAUCGAACGGCAAUUCGAUGGAAUGCAAGCUGUCAACGUAGAGAUAGUUCAUUCGCUUAAAGCUCAAGCAACUAUGUUGAAUAAAACAUAUCAGAUGCUAAAAGUAAAUACCAAAACUCCCAAGGAAGUAUCUCUCGUCACACAGGAUUUACAACGAGACAUCCAAAAGUUGCAGUCCGACCUCACACAGAGUACCAAGAACAGUUUUAAGUUAAUCGACACAAGUUUUUCCAUUGACGCCAAUUUCCGAAUGCUAGGUUCUGUAAUCACAUCUAUCAAACACAAUGUUAACCAACUGGAAAUAGCAUUGGACACAGUAGCCCAGAGCAGACUGAGCAAUGCCAUCAUUAGUGCCCUUAAACUAAAGGAGACACUAGCAAUUGUUGAAGACCAGCUUCCCAACAACUACGCUUUCCUCCACGCCGUACGAAUGCAUCUACCAGUCACCAGUUGUAGCAUGGCCUUGUUCAGAGGAGAAACAAAGACUGUCGCACAAAUAUGCCAGAAGACUAGCUCCACCAUUCCAACAGAGACUUUCCACCGUGUCGACGGUGCCGACGGACAUAACCGGUGGGCAUACAGCCUCAGUUGUCCCCUUAAAACAGUGAUACAGUGCCUAAACAGAAACAAUCAUAGUUCCAAGAACUACGAGAGCCGUACCGUCCAGUACUUCCAAGGCAGUGGACUGCUUCCGUUGGACAAAUAUUGCUACGCCCAGAUUGAAGGCAGAACAUUAUUGCCUCACAGUGAGGAAAUGACAACAGUUAAUACUACGCUAGAAAAGUUUCAUUUUCCCACCCACAUGACUGUAAAUAACAAAGCCGAACCAUCCGACGAUCAUCUGGAAGAACAAAUCCUUUAA